AACGGGGUAGGUUGCGCGGGAGACCGAAGGGGCAGCAGGCGAUGGCGGCGGCUGGUCGCUUGGGCUGGGUGCUCGCCGCACUUUGCCUGAGCAACGCCGCGGGGGAGGCGGCGCCGGGCCCGCGAGUGCUGGGCUUGUGUCUGGAGGACGGAGUGGAGGGCGCGGGGUGGUCCGCGCCGGAGGCCACCUUCUGCCUGCGCCUCUUCGGCUCGGGCUUCGCCAACAGCUCCUGGACUUGGGUGGCCCCCGAAGGCGCAGGGUGCCCCGAGGGCGGGCGGGCCGCGCCCGCGGGCGAGUGGCAUGCACAGCUGUGCUUGCGCGCCCAGGCUGUGCCUCCGGACCCCGCGGUGCCACCGGUGAGCGUGGAUCCGGGCGGCGCGGCGGAGGAGGAGGCGGCGCCGCCCUGGGCGCUGGGCCUGGGGGCGGCCGGGCUACUGGCUCUCGCGGCGCUGGCGCGGGGCCUGCAGCUGAGCGCGCUAGCUCUGACGCCGGCCGAGGUGCAGGUGCUGCGCGAGAGCGGCUCGGAGGCGGAGCGCUCGGCGGCGCGGCGCCUGGAGCCCGCUCGGCGCUGGGCUGGCUGCGCCCUGGGCGCGCUGCUACUCCUGGCUAGCCUGGCGCAGGCGGCGCUCGCUGUGCUGCUGUACCGCGCGGCGGGACAGCGCGCCGUGACCGCAGUGCUGGGCUGCGCAGGGCUCGUGUUCCUGGUGGGCGAGGUGCUGCCGGCCGCCGUGAGCGGGCGCUGGGCGCUGGCGCUGGCGCCGCGCGCGCUCAGCCUCAGCCGCCUGGCCGUGCUGCUCACGCUUCCUGUGGCGCUGCCCGUGGGACAGCUGCUGGAACUGGCGAGGCGGCCGGGGCGGCUUCGCGAGCGCGUGCUGGAGCUGGCUCGCGGUGGCGGUGACCCAUACGGUGACCUGAGUAAGGGUGUGCUGCGCUAUCGAACGGUGGAGGACGUGCUCACGCCGCUAGAGGACUGCUUCAUGCUGGACGGCAGCGCAGUGCUGGACUUCGGGGUGCUGGCCAGCAUCAUGCAGAGCGGCUACACUCGCAUCCCAGUGUACGAGGAGGAGCGCUCCAACAUCGUGGACAUGCUCUACCUUAAGGACUUGGCCUUCGUGGACCCGGAGGACUGCACGCCGCUCAGCACCAUCACUCGCUUCUACAAUCACCCACUCCAUUUCGUCUUCAACGACACCAAGCUGGACGCUGUCCUGGAGGAGUUCAAGCGAGGGAAGUCCCACCUGGCCAUCGUGCAAAAGGUGAACAACGAGGGCGAGGGUGACCCCUUCUACGAGGUGCUGGGCCUGGUCACUCUGGAGGACGUCAUCGAGGAGAUCAUCAAGUCCGAGAUCCUGGACGAGUCUGAACACUACCGAGACACCACGUUGAGGAAAAAGGCCGCUUCCCUGAGUGUCCCUCCCAAGCACAAGGAGGAGUUCUCCCUCUUCAAGGUGUCCGACGAGGAGUACAAAGUAAAAAUUUCACCCCAGCUGCUCCUGGCCACCCAGCGAUUCCUGUCUCGAGAGGUGGAUGUGUUCAGCCCAGGGCGCAUCUCCGAGAAGGUGCUGCUACACCUGCUGAAGCACCCAAGUGUCAACCAGGAGGUGAAGUUUGACGAGAACAACCGUCUGGCCGCACACCACUAUCUGUACCAGCGCAGCAAGCCAGUGGACUACUUCAUCCUCAUCUUGCAGGGCAGGGUUGAGGUGGAGAUCGGGAAGGAGGGCCUGAAGUUUGAGAAUGGGGCCUUCACCUACUAUGGCGUUUCUGCCCUGAUGGCACCAUCCUCCGUUCAUCAUUCCCCAGUGUCCUCGUGCCAGCUGGCCUGCUACGACCUGCAGCCUGAGCCUGCCGACAGUACCCGCUCCUCCACAUACUGUCCGGACUACACCGUGAGGGCCCUCUCAGACCUGCAGCUCGUGAAGGUCACACGGCUGCAGUACCUCAAUGCACUCCUGGCUACCAGAGCCCAGAGCCUGCCACCAUCCCCUGAGAAUGCUGACCUCCAGGUCAUUCCGGGAAGCCAGACCAGGCUACUCAGUGACAAGACGGCUGCAACAGCAGCCUUCCCAGUAGAACUUUCCCUCUUUGGCACAUUUGGAAACUGCAGUUGAUAAUUGACUGUGGACUAGUGCGCAUUUUUUGUUUUAAGGAAACACCAAGGGUCCAACCCCGGCAGGCCUGGCGUGCAGGUGGAGGAGAGCCCUGGGCGGAACCCAGGGGUUUAACUGCUUGUCAGGUGCUCGGAGCCAGAAUGGACAAGCACAUGGGUGCUGGAGGGAGCCGAGCAGAGCUUCGUGCCCCCUGUCCCCACCCCUCCAGGCCACGUUUUAGAUGGUCCAUGCAGAUGUGGGGCCUGGGCCACCUCGGUGCAGGAGCCACAGCAGGAGGCUUGUAGGAUGGGGUCGCCGGGCCCAGCUCUCCUGGCCAUUCUGAAGGAACAUGGGAACAGCAUCAUCUCGCAUCCCCAGGGGUGGCCCACUCCUCCACUGCUGAGACUGCAGCAUAUUUAUACCUCUUCAAGCCGGGCACUGCAUGUACAUCACUGCCUUCCACGAAGGUCAAGACCCGUGCCUAACCAGCUCCAAGUUGGCCAAGCCUGCUGUUGGCAGCACCUUCGCAGCCCAUGGAGAUCACCCAUGUCAACCUGGGUUCCAGGCCACAGCCUUGUCCAUGGUGUCCUCUCUGGCUUCCCUUACAGUACCCUGUGCCAAAGCCAGAAGUGCGAUUCCCACAGCCUGUCCCCAGUUCUGCCCCCUGCUGCCAGCAACAGGCCACUCCUGUGGCUUGGAGGAAGCCCAUGCAGCCAGCUUACUGUUCCCCACCAUGUUUGGUCACCACUCGGUAUGGUCUGUCGGGUACUGAGGACAGGUCUCCUGUGGGAGGGGGGUCUUCUGGCCACAUCUGCCAUUCAUCUGUCCCUGAGGCAGAGUGGUUACCGUGGUGCCUCUCCUGUCCCCUUCCCGAGGUCCUCCACAGAGGAGGGGCGGCCGGGCUGUGCAGAAAGCACAGGGCCAUAAGCCUUGUCAGUGACCAGGGCAUCCACACACCUGUCCUUUAAAAAGAGAAGCCAGGGUUUUUCUUACCUCUGAGACAGUUCCAGUUCUUUGGCCUUCCUUGUUCCUACCAAUGCUGUUUCAGAGAAGUGGGAAUGAGGAGGCAUAUGUCUCUGUCUUAUUUUUCUAAUUUCACCUGUUGGAAACCUGGUAUCACAGAGACAGGAGUCACAGGUUGAGGGAGGGGCGAGGAUUUCAGGAGCCUCUCGACAGAAUUCAGGUCCUCCUCAGUGGGACCAAAGGGCAUAAGAACAGUGGGGCGCUUGCUUAGAAACUGUUCUCCAGGAAUGUGCUCCAAGAACCAGCCCAAGUAGAAGUAGAUGCUUUCAAAUCAUCUCUGUCCAGAACAGUGGUUCUGGACCUUGGCUGUACCUUGGAUUCACCUGGAAAAUUAAUAUGGGGCCCCUGGACCCACUCCUGGAACAUAGUAAUUCUGGGCAUCAGGGGUUAAUUUUUUAAAUAGUUGUAGAUUCUCAGAAGAGUUCUGAAUGUCCUUCACCCAGCUUCCCCUGAUGGUAACAUCUUGCAUAACCUUGGUACAUUUAUCAACUGAAAAUGUAACAUUCGUGCAAUACUCUAACUGCAGACUUUAUUUGGGUUUUAUCAUUUUUCCCAGUAAUGUCCCUUUUCUGUUGCAGGAUCCAAUCUAAAAUACUAAGUUGCACUUACACCUAUAUUGUUUCCUCACUUUAUUUUGAAAUAAUUAAGAUUCAUAGGAAGUUGCCAAGCUGGAGGUCCCCCAGGCCCUUUAGUUGGUCUGCCUUGAUACUUGCAUCUUAUGCAGUGAUGAUACUGUUUCAGAACUGGGCUGUGGCUGUAGAGUUCUGCAUCAGUUGGCACACAUGUAGUUUUGUAACUGCCACCACAGUCCCACAUCUCGUCACAGUCACCAAGAGGCUGUUCCUCAGACUAUCCUGUUGGAGCCACCUCAGCCCUAUCCCCCCAACCACUAAUCUGUUCUUCAUCUCUGUUCUUUUGUCCUUUCAAAAAAGUUGUGUCUGUGGACUCACAGUAUAACAUUUGAGAUCGCUUUCCACUCGUUCUCUGGAGCUCACCCAGGUCAUUGCGUGUGACAGGAGUUUACCCCUUUCUGUUGCCAAAUGGUCUCCCACGGAACACUCUUCAACCCCUUGAAAGACAGACACCCGAUGGUUUCCAGUGUGGGGCUGUUCCAAAUAAAGCUGCUACAAACAUCCA